AUGGAUUAUACUAUUUGGACGCACAACAUUUUCUAUUAUCGAAAUCAUGACAUCACGAUUCCAAAAAGCACCACCAAGAAAAAGGCUUUGGUUGAUUUAGUACUUGUAUCUGCCAUGGUUAACGCACAAUCUGGCCGUUUAAUACCUCGUACUUAUUGA